AUGGCUCCCAAAUUCAGCAAAUGUUUCAUGUUCUGCUGCGUUAAGACCUCUCCGGAAGGAGACGAAAUGGCCACCGAGUCGUACGAAGCCGCCAUUAAAGGACUUAAGGAUCUUCUCAGUAAGAAGGCGGAUCUCGGGAACGUCGCCGCCGAGAAGAUCAAGGCGUUGACGGUGGAGCUUCAGGAGCUUGAUUCCAGCAACUCAGACGCCGUUGAACGAAUCAAAUCCGGUUUUACCCAAUUCAAAACCGAGAAAUACUUGAAGAAUGAUGUUCUCUUUAAUCAUCUUGCCAAGACUCAAACACCAAAGUUUCUGGUGUUUGCUUGUUCCGAUUCUCGAGUUUGCCCAUCUCACAUCUUGAAUUUCCAACCUGGUGAGGCCUUUGUUGUUAGAAACAUUGCAAACAUGGUUCCACCUUUCGACACGAAGAGACAUUCUGGAGUUGGUGCCGCCGUUGAAUACGCAGUUGUUCAUCUCAAGGUGGAGAAUAUUCUGGUGAUAGGCCAUAGCUGUUGUGGUGGGAUUAAGGGACUCAUGAACAUUGAAGACGAUGCUGCACCAACUCAGAGUGACUUCAUAGAGAAUUGGGUGAAGAUAGGUGCGUCAGCGAGGAACAAGGUUAAGGAAGAACAUCAAGACCUAAGCUAUGAUGAUCAAUGCAACAAGUGUGAGAAGGAAGCUGUGAAUGUGUCGCUUGGAAACUUGCUUUCAUACCCAUUUGUGAGAGCUGCGGUGGUGAAGAACACACUUGCGAUCAGAGGAGCUCACUACAACUUCGUCAAAGGAACAUUUGAUCUGUGGGAGCUUGAUUUCAAGACCACUCCUGCUUAUGCCUUCUCUUAA